CUGAUGGACUCUCUAAUGAAAUCCCCAUGGAAAACGUAUUAAGAGAAGAAGCUUUCAAUUCAAAUGCAAUGGCCAGACAAAGCAUUGGGUCAUAGAACGCUUACCAGUCACAACAAUUCAACAAAAAUGCCAAUAAUCACGGCCACGACAACGGCAUCGGCCGGCGGAGGAGCAGGUGUGGCUGUCAGGGGCGUAUCUGCGGCCAAGUCUCCCACGGAUUACCUAAUGCUCCAGCAACAGCAGCAGCAGCACCAGCAGCCCCACUUCACCAACCACUUCUAUCAACAACAGCAGCAGCAGCAACAACAGUUGGCGCCUCUGAACACUUCCCACCAACACCAGCACUCACAUCCACAUCCACAUCCACAUCCUGCUGCUACUCCGACCAGUUUUGCAACAUUUAACGGAAACUCGAAUCUAAAUUCUAGCCUUGCCAACGGAAGCGGCAGAAAAUUCAAUUGCAGCCGCGACAACGUGGACGAUAAUGGUGAUGGCGAUGUGGACGACAUAGUAGCUGGAGUCUCCGCCGAUGUGGUUGGCAAUGGGAAUAGCGAGAAGUCGGCAGGUCUAGCGCCACCGCCCGGCAUCCACCAUUCGCGCCCGCCACCACCGCCGGCAAUCAAGAAGACUUCCCAGUCGGCUGGGACCACCGCCUCCCGCGAGGAUGUGACCUCGCUGAGUGGCACUUCCUCGCUAAACAGCCAGAUGUCGGUGCGUAAUCAGUUCGUGUCCGGAUUGCCAAGCAAUGGAGGGCCGCCCACCGUCAGUGAAGUCAACGGAGUCCCAGCCCCUGGAAGAGGAGGUGCUCCCAACAGCAUCCUCAAAGGCAGCAAAGAGAACCUCCUGCAGAACACAUACUUUAACGGGGACGAGAGCCUGGACAGCGAUUGCGGAGCUGGAGAGGGGCAGCCACAGGAGCCACCUUUUGCCAACCGCGACGACCCUGGAGACGGCCUGGGACCACUGCCACCCAAGUGGGAGACGGCCUACACGGAGCGAGGAGAGCUCUACUUCAUAGACCAUAAUACUGGAACCUCCCACUGGCUGGAUCCCAGGCUGUCCAAGUACCAGAAAAAGUCACUCGAGGACUGCUGCGAGGACGAGCUACCCUACGGCUGGGAAAAGAUAGAGGACUCUAUGUAUGGAAUGUACUUCAUCGACCAUGUUAACCGGAGGACGCAGUACGAAAACCCAGUGCUGGAGGCUAAGCGACGAGCAGCGGAGCAGCGCCAACAGCAACAGCAGCAGAUCCAGCAAGAGCAGCGCUCCAAGACGCCGACUGUGCCGCCACCAGUGCUGCCUUCGGAGUCGGCUGCCGAACGGCAGGAGGAAGAGGUGCCAGCCACCAAGCUGCCGUACAAGUUCACCCGCAAUCCUGCAGAGCUGCAAGGGCAACGCAUCAACACCACAUUGUUGAAGUCUUCCCGUGGCCUGGGCUUCACCAUUGUGGGCAGUGAUGGCAGCACCGGCGGGGACGUGGAGGAGUUCCUCCAAAUCAAAACAGUAGUGCCGAACGGUCCGGCCUGGCUGGACGGUCAGCUCCAGACGGGCGACGUACUGGUAUACGUUAACGACACCUGCGUGCUGGGCUAUACGCACCUAGACAUGGUCAACAUCUUCCAAUCGAUCCUGCCCGGCGAGCGGGCAACCCUGGAGGUGUGUCGCGGCUACCCGUUGCCGUUCGACCCGAACGACCCAAACACCGAGGUGGUGACCACAAUGGCGGUGGACGGGCGCGAUUCGGACAAGCAGCGGCGCCUCAACAUGGACGGGAACUACAACUUCCUGGACUUGUCCGGCGAGGGGGCGAACAGCGCGGGCGCUACUGCAAACGGAAGUGGCUUCAUACUGAUGAAGAAGCCCGAACUGUGCACCUUCUCGAUCAUGAAGGGCUCCAUGGGAUUUGGGUUUACCAUUGCCGACUCCGCCUGUGGGCAAAUCGUUAAGAAGAUCCUCGACCGGAACUGCUGCACUCAGCUGAUGGAGGGCGACGUCCUGUUGGAGAUCAAUGGCAUAAACGUGCGCAACAAGCCGCACUUUUACGUGGUGGAGCUGCUCAAGGAAUGCAGUCUCACGGCGCCCACGGUCGUAAAGAUUCAGCGAACACCCCCGGACCAGCCCACUCAGAUCGGGCAGGUGGGAAACGUGGCCAAGCUGCGCAAAAACUUUGUAGGCAGCGGACUGUUCCGGAGCAAGACGCCUACGGCGGACCUGUACAGUACGCAGGUGAAGGAGGUGCUGCCCAUGCGGCCAAAGACUCCGCUGGUGGACACUCGGCGGGCGCGGGUUCAGACACCUAGCAAUGAGCUGGACGGUGAAGUCGGAGCUGGGGUCGGCCCUGCAGCCAACGACUUGGAAGCCCGUAAGCCUAUUCAGUUUCAGACCCAAGGAAAGUCCAACAACAGCCUGCCAGAACUGGACGAUGUUCCCUACAUGGAUCCGUACCCCAAGAUGGUCAGUCGGCUGAAUGAACGGCUGGCAGAGGCAACGCUCCAGGGAGAUUCGGGUAUCUACGGCCUGCCACCCAGCAUGCAGCCCCUGCCGAUGGCUCACCACGAGUCCUGCUACUGCUACGAUUGUCAGGCCCAGCGCUACCGCCCCGGAUACUUUAUGCAGGCUCAGCAGGCGGGGAUGCCUGGUGCCGGACAAGGACAGUACUCGCCUCUGCAGACGGCGCACCUCCAGAACGAGCGCAUACAGCGACGCGUCAACGAGUUGCUAAACGAUCGAAGGCGGGUGGGCUUCGCCAAUCUGGAUCCUUCGUCCCAACAACUGCACCAACAGCCUCAACAGCUCCAGUCCCAGCAUAUGCAGCACUCGCCCAGUUGGCGGAGCGGAGCACUGCUGGACGCAUCCGAAGAUGCGGAUCAGUGUGAGCUAACCGAAGUAACGCUUGAGCGGCAGGCGCUGGGCUUCGGGUUUCGUAUAGUUGGCGGCACUGAAGAGGGCUCCCAGGUCACCGUGGGCCACAUAGUGCCGGGAGGCGCUGCGGACCAGGACCACCGCAUAGCCACUGGCGAUGAAAUUCUCAGCAUCGAUGGAAUUAAUGUGCUCAAUUCUUCGCAUCAUAAAGUUGUUUCCUUGGUCGGUGAAUCAGCCCUUCGUGGCCAGGUAACUAUGAUCCUGCGACGCCGCCGGGCUCCUCUGCUGCAGCAAGCUCCGCUCACCUCCCAGUUGCGGCGGUAUCCCUAUGAUGUGAUUGUGAGCCGACACGAGAACGAGGGCUUUGGCUUCGUUAUAAUUUCCUCAUCGAAUCACUACUAUGGCUCAACGAUAGGUAAACUGAUACCCGCCAGUCCGGCGGAUCGCUGCGGGGAACUCAAGGUGGGCGACCGCAUCAUUGCGGUGAAUCGAAUUGAGAUCGCUGGGAUGUCGCACGGCGACGUGGUGAAUCUCAUCAAGGAAUCGGGCCUGCAUGUGCGUCUAACCAUCGGUUGUCCGCUAAAGGAGGGCGGUCCCAGUCCCGGUGGCAGCAGUGUCGGGCUCGGCAGCCACACUCCGCUCCAGCCGUCGCCCAGUCUACUCAAGACACCAGUUCCCCAGCCACAGCAGCAGCAACAACAACAAUCGCAGCAAUCAUAUCAGCAGCUCCAACAGCAGAAGCUCCAUCAUCAUCACCAGCAACUGGAAAUGCCAAUGUCAAUGCCGAUGCCCGGAAACAGCGGAUACUUGGAGCGACCCAGUACCAACAUCGCGGCCACUCUGGCUCUGCACCAGCAGCAGCCGCAAUUAUGACUCUGAGACCUACGGAUUCGGCUCUACAAGAGCUUCCUCUAAUGAUAGAUCCGUCGUAGGCAGCUUCAAAUACAUAAUUAAUUGUAGAAUAUGUUAUAACCCCAAAGACUGAAUAUAGUAUGAAUCUUUAAGUGCGUCAAGUCGUCGAUCAGAUGUUGUAUGUGAGUUUUUAUACAAGUUUUUUUUAGGAUCCCUUCAUUUUUGGAGUACAUAGAGCUAAGUUAGAAUAUACUUUGCCCAUUUAUAAAGUGUUUUAGAUAUAUUAUAUGUAAGUGAUCUAUGUUAAAUUGUACAAAAUGUAAAGGACUUCAAUAUUUUAUUAAUUGUAUGUCAGGCAGUAAGUUGUAUUUUUCAAAUAUACAUACAUCA